ACAUUAUGGUUUUCAUUACGAGUCAUUGUGGUGAGUGAAGCCAUGAUGCUUUGUAAUGUCUUUGCUGUUAUAUUUUGUGGUGUUAGUUACGAACCCUUGUGGCAUCGUUACGGAGGGGGUACCCAGUACAGUAUGGUAUUGUUUAGGAUUAUUUAUUGAAGUAGUGAGUCGCAAAACGGAUAGCCUUAACUCUCAAGUACUCAAGCUGAUACUCCUAUUGCAAUUCUACUGGAUUCGCAUAAUUGCCCUAAUGAGCACCAAUUAAACAUUAUUUGUACGCAGCCUCAUCAGACAUUCCAGUAUUCAACCUGAUUCCGUUCUUCUAUAUUUUAAAACUAAGACCAAUUUAUUUUGUUCUUCUGCUGUGUAAUCCGUGACGAAUGAUGGUUGGUAAGCACAUGCUAUCAUGUGCAGUCAUCUAUUCAAGCCAAACUUUGAUCAAAAACACUGUCAAACGUCGUUUUGAUUUUCUAGCUUUAUCAUGCAGUCUCGCCAAUCCAAUUAGAUAAGCGGUAGUAUUCAACCUUAUAUUUUUCACAAUGUACAUCAUUUUUAUCUACACAUGAAAGCUACAUCACUUCAAAUGGGCUUACUCAACAGAAAAUCAAAACAAAGGAAGAACGAAAGGGCUAUAGGAGUUAUAUAUCUGUCCAUCGAUGUCCAAUCUUGUUUUGUAUUUUGUGCAUGAAAAUCUUAUGUAUGUCUACGUCUAUAGCUUUUUGCCUGGUGUGCUUAUCAUGUUAUCGAUGGGGUUCAUGAAUAUAUUUUCCGUUCAUUUUUCCAUGUUAGCACUCAUGUUGCCCCCCUUUCCCCUCAAUCUGUCUGCUCACUGUCAAUGCAUGCAUGCUUUUAUGUUUGCUCGCAUGACUAUUGUGCAUUCACAUAAUUUGAUCAUCCUGCUCAUCUGAUGCAGAUUUUACUAUAUGAAUGUGCGUAUAAAUGUACAUACAUUCGCCUUUAUGGGGCAUAUAGGUGGAUGUCAAUGCAUUCAUCAUAUUCCUGGUGAAAUCUAUCUUAGGUUAAGAAUAUUAUCAAAGUGUCUAUUCUAGGCACCGGCCUAGCUAAUUAAAUGAUUAUCUAUGAAUCUCUAUGCAUUUAAAAACUGAGUUUUGUGCAACAAAAAAAAAUGUAGCCAAAAAAAAAAAAAAUGUAGCCCAAAAAAAAAAAAAAAAAAAAAACCUGGGUUUUGAUGCUACAGGAGUCCUCUGAAGUAGUUUAAACAACUGCAAGCAGAGAAAAAACAAUACUGAAUAAGAGUCACUCCCAGCUCCCAAGAAACCUGUCUUUUAAUAUUCCUACCCUUUAUAGCAUUUUGCAUAGAUUCAAAAUAUUCACCUCCUCAAAAACUGAAGAACCUCUUUUUAUAUUACUAGGCAGUACUAAUCCAUGUGGAUCAAGUGGUUUGUCCUGGAAAUAUCGACUACGAUGACCAGACACCAGCUGGGAGCUUUGUUUUUCUUCACAUGGGGCAUGGUUUCUGCACUUGCACAGAACUUGCUAAGCUGUGAUUCUAACUCUAAAUCUGCUGUGUCUGGCUACUUUUGCAAUGGAUUUCCCAGUAAGUGUGAUACGUUUGUUAUUCUUCGAACGAAUCCAUGCUACUGGUCUCUUUCCAAUCUGAGCUCGUACUUGGGGAUCAACCGGUUCGUGCUGGCUCAAGCCAAUGGCUUCUCAGCUGACACAGAGUUUCUUCCCCAACACUGGCCUUUAUUAAUCCCAAUUGAAUGUCAGUGCAACAGUGGUAACUUUGAAGCGGUGGUAACGAAAACUACCAUAAAAGGCGAGAGCUUUUAUGGGAUUACUGAGUCGCUGGAGGGAUUAACGACUUGCAAAUCCAUCCGAGAGAAAAACCCAAGUGUCUCACCUUGGAAUCUUAAAGACAAGAUUCAGUUGGUGAUUCCAUUGAGGUGCGCGUGCCCAAAUUCUUCUGAAUUCAAUUUGAACAUAAAGCUUCUGAUUUCUUAUCCGGUAAGUGGUGGUGACACCAUUUCCAACUUGGCCUUGAGGUUCAAUAUUACUCCAGAGAGCAUUAUCUUCGUGAAUAAAAAAUCGUUGGGGAGUUCCAAACCGGAAAAUCUAUUGCCGGUUUCUACUACCCUUCUGAUUCCGCUCAAAGAAAAGCCUGUUUUUGGACCUGAUUGGGGAUCUCGAAAUACUAGCAUUUCAGUAGCUAAGCCAAGGAAGAAAAGGUCAAGAAUGAUGAAGAUUUGGAUUUAUGUUGUUGUUAGCGCGGUUGUAUUAGGAAUUGUCAUGGCGAUUGCAGCAGCCCUUUUGGUUAUUCGAUCGAAGAAGAAGAACCAGAACAAGGAGAUUCCGAGCGACAUGGAAGAUUUGGAGCUACAAAAGCUUAGUCUAAGCAUCCGAACCACGAGCCAAAAAAAGGUCUCAUUUGGUCAAGUUUCCCAAGGUACUCUUGAUGGUCAGAUCAUCGAUAUCAUACCAAGUAAGAUUUCAGUGGUGGGAUAUACGAUCGAUGAGAUGAGAAAAGCAACCGAAGACUUCAAUUCAAGUAAUCAUAUAGACAAAUCCGUGUUCCAUGGUCGUCUCAACGGGGAAAACUUGGCAGUUAAGCGCGUAAAAGCUGAGACUCUAUCAAAGAUUGAUUUGGGGCUUUUCCACGCUGCGACUCACCAUCAUCCCAACAUAAUCAGGUUAAUGGGUACGUGUUCAACUGAUGGUGCCGAUUCGUAUUUGGUUUUUGAGUAUGCUAAGAAUGGGUCUUUGAAAGACUGGCUCCACGGCGGGUUGGCGAUGAAGAGCCAGUUCAUAGCCUCCUGCUAUUGUUUCUUGAACUGGAAACAACGGCUGAGGAUCUGUCUCGAUGUUGCCACAGCCUUACAGUAUAUGCACCAGAUAAUGAUCCCAAGUUACGUUCACAGCCAUAUAAAGAGCCAGAACAUCUUUUUGGAUGAAGAAUUCAACGCAAAAGUCGGAAAUUUCGGCAUCCCAAGAUGUAGUGAAGAUGAAAAAGAGGAACAACCAUUUUGGAGUAAAGGUUAUCUAGCACCCGAACUUCUCCAACAGGGUAUAAGUUCCGCGGGAACUGAUAUUUUCGCGUAUGGUGUGGUUUUGCUUGAGUUAUUAUCAGGGAAAAAACCCAUAACGAGGGGAGAUGGGGAAGGAGAAGGGGAUGUUCCGUUGUCGGAGAAAAUCAAAUCCAUUUUACAAUCAGAGAAUGCAGAGGAAUUGAGGGGGUGGAUGGACAGUAUUUUGGGAGAGAGUUAUUCAUUUGAUGAAGCUGUCACUUUGGCAAAUCUUGCUCGAGCUUGUGUUGAAAGUGAUCCGGGUUUGCGACCGACUGCAGGGGAAGUUGUGGAGAAGUUGUCGAAGUUGGUUCAAGAAUUACCAGAAGGAGAUGAAUUCAGCUCAAUCUGUGAAAGCUCUUCUAGACCUCUAGUCAAGUCUGCUUGAAAUUAAGCUUGUGAAAAAAAUACCUACUGCUAGGAAUCCUCAGUCAUGAACCAUUGGUUCUAUUACUUGUGGUAAUUUUGAAGAUUAAUAAUCAUAAUAACUCAGUGUCCGGACCAGAGUGCACCCUUUGAAUGGGUUGUAUUUGUCUCUUGAUUUUUGUUGGAAGGUACGAUUGCGGAUGUGUAAAUAAGAACCUAAAUUGAAUAAACAUUUUAUUGUUGUUCAUUUUGUAAAAACGAAUCUCAUGUGGUACUUAUUGCAAAAAGAGACAUACGGGAGAUAUUUGAUACUUAGGCAAAUGAUAUUUUGGGAGACUCCGCAAGUAGCAUCCUUUUGGCCGGACCAGGAGACCCUGCCAAGCAGGGGUGCUCGGCAGGGGUGCCGAGCGCAUUUCGACUGUCCAAAAGUGUUUUGGACAGCCCGGAUGCAAAGGUACCGAACGGAUUUAAAAAAAAAGAAAAGGAUAAGAAAAAAGAUGUUUCGAUCCAGGCCGUUGAUUUCGAGAUGAACGGCCAGAUUGCCCGCUCAACUCCCGCUCGGUAGGGGUGCCGCUCGGCAGAGUCCCCUUUUGGCCAAAUUGACUCCUUUUCUUUUCAACUUUAAUUUGUUUUGAGUUUUUUUUUUUUCUCUUGAUGAGAUAAAUUCAAAAAGUAUAAUAUAUGAUAAAUAAUUUAAAUAAAAUAAAACUGCUAAUUAUGACUGCUUUUGUUGAGACAAAUCGAGAAGAUAGUAUGAUAAUAGCUUAAAAAUGAGUUUAAACUUACAUUAGAGAGACUGAAACGGAAAAAACACCAACCAUGUAUUAUGUGAUUAUGUGGGUUGAAUCUGCAAUCUAGAAAGUUUCCAUUUGUUAUUUCGAUUUCAAUUUGACUCUAACAUCAUAGUUGGGAAAAAGUUGAAGGACACAAGAAGUUUUUUUUCUUUUGGGACAAAGUACAGGUUAACGCUCUAUCGGUUAAGCCUUUUGCAUAUCACCUCUCUGGCAUUUAAAAAUGAUCAAUUCACCUCCUCGUGGUUUCGGACUAAAGUGUCGAGCUAACACCGUCAACGGCAGAUGUUAAAAUGACCACAACAAUACCCUGUGUCCUUUUCAUGUGCAUUCCUAAGUUACAAUAAUUGAUAUUUUUUUUCCCUUUUUUCCCAUUCUUUAUGACUUUAACUACAUAAGAUUUUAAGUAUUUUUUUUAUCCACCAUAAGAUUUUAAGUUAGAAACUUAUUUAAUUUCUGUUUUAAUUCUUUAAUUUGGAUAUAUUUAGUUAGAAAUUAUUCAUAAAAUUAGAAACCAAAGAAUCUGUUAGGUUACAUUCAUAAUUUUUUGCCUUUUGUUCAUACUCAAUAUAAGAAGCAAGUUUUUUUUUUCAAUAAAGAAAAAAACAUGUUUUUAAUCAUUAAUAUUCUGGAAACAAAUUUAAAAAGAAAAGAGAAAACCAUGAUCGGUAAGGGUUUUAGUUACCCGUUUCAAUUUUCUUCAGGGCCAUCAAUGGUUUGCAAGAGCCAAUUAUUCAACCCGUUUCAACCCGUUUUCUUUUUGACUCAUAUUUAACCCGCCCACAUUUGACUCACGAUCCGUUUCAACCCCUCCAGACCCGCCCAGACCUGUCCGUUUGCCAUCUCUACAAAAUUGUUCCGAUUGUUCCGGAGCCUACGGUGGUGACCCAAGGGGCUACAUCCGUGACUGUGAGACGAAGACUCUGGCAUCGAUUGGUAGCUUCGAACGCGCCUAUCGCGAUGGCGUCGAGGUAGUAAGGACGACGACGCCACCGACGCCGAGAGAGAUGACGACGACUCCUUCGGCCACGGGCAGAUCUAAUUUUCAAUUGCUGAUGGUUGUGAUCCUGCUGAGGGGAGAGCCGCAACAGUGAGGCGUGAAGGAGAUGACAUACUGCUGU